GCAGAGAUUCAAGUCUCAUGGCACUACCUCCUGCGGGGCCACAGGGCGGGUUUGAGGGGGGCCUGCCUGGGCCUGGAGCCUGGGACAGGAGAUGAAGUUGAAAGGGAGCCACCCAGGGGCCUGCCUUUCUUGCUCACGUCUCCCUCCGCCUUCUCUGUCCCAGCUGAGCCCACAGUGACCGUGUAUCCUGCAAAGACCCAGCGCCUGCAGCACCACAACCUCCUGGUCUGCUCCGUGAACGGCUUCUAUCCAGGCCACAUUGAGGUCCGCUGGCUGCGCAACGGCCAGGAAGAGGAGGCCGGGGUGGUGUCCACGGGCCUGAUCCGGAACGGGGACUGGACCUUCCAGACCCUGGUGAUGCUGGAGACAGUUCCCCGGAGCGGGGAGGUCUACACCUGCCAAGUGCGGCACCCCAGCAGCACCAGCCCUGUCACCGUGGAAUGGAGGGCCCAGUCUGGAUCCGCACAGAGCAAGGUGCUGAGUGGAGCCGGGGGCUUCGUGCUGGGGCUGCUCUUCCUCGGGGCAGGGCUGCUCAUCUACUUCAGGGCUCAGAAAGGUGAGGAGCCUGCUGGCAGCCGAGGCCCCGAGAUGGUGGGGAGAACUGGGGCUUUGCUGGGUGAGCUCUGGAUCCUGGGUUACAUGGAGGAGCAGGCCCUGUGGUCCCUAAUGACACUGGAUGUGACGGCUUUGGGCCACUGCUCUCAGCUUCUGCUCUUGUCCCUGCUCUGGUGUCAGCGAGUGGGGGUGCUGCUAGAGAAGCUCAG